CAGUAAAGGUUGAAAAUCUGGGUCACAGCUGAGAAAGACCUCAGACAUGAAAUGCAGAAUGUGGCUUCUGUCUCCCCUCCUCCCUCUCUGGCCACUGCUGUUGCUGCCUCUCCCACGGCCUGCUCAGGGCUCUUCUUCCUCCUCCUCCUCCUCCUCCUCUUCUUCCUCCUCCCCUCGAACCCCACCAGCCCCAGCCCGCCCGCCAUGCUCCCGAGGCGGGCCCUCAGCCCCCCGACACGUGUGCGUGUGGGAACGGGCACCCCCACCCAGUCGAUCCUCCCGGGCCCCCAGAUCCCGGCGGCAGAUCUUGCCGGGCACGGCGCCCCCCGCCACCCCCUCAGGCUUUGAGGAGGGGCCCCCAUCUUCCCAGUACCCCUGGGCGAUUGUAUGGGGGCCCACGGUGUCUCGAGAGGAUGGGGGAGACCCUAACUCUGUCAACCCCGGGUUUCUACCCCUGGACUAUGGUUUUGUAGCCCCCCACGGGCUGGCUACCCCCCACCCCAACUCAGACUCCAUGCGGGAUGACGGAGACGGGCUGAUUCUGGGAGAGACUCUGGCCACCCUGAGACCAUUCCUGUUUGGGGGGCGUGGCGAAGGUGUGGACCCGCAACUGUAUGUCACCAUCACCAUCUCCAUCAUCAUUGUUCUGGUGGCUACUGGCAUCAUAUUCAAGUUCUGCUGGGAUCGCAGCCAGAAGCGGCGCCGGCCCUCGGGGCAGCAGGGCGCCCUGCGGCCGGAGGACAGCCAGCAGCCGCUCGCAGACCUGUCCCCCGCGGGGGUCACUGUGCUGGGGGCUUUCGGGGACUCGCCCACCCCCACCCCUGACCACGACGAGCCCCGAGGGGGGCCCCGGCCGGGGAUGCCCCCGCCCAAGGGCGUUCCAGCCUUGCAGAUGAACCGGAUCCCCCUGGUGAACCUGUGACGCUCCCCCCCUCAGUGUUGGGGUGCCGCCAAGCAGGAGGUCCGGGGAUCCCGGCUGAGGGGGGCGGGCGGAGCCAUGGGGGCCCCCCCCCGGCCCUGGGCGCUGCACCCCGGAUGCCCCCCGG